AUGGUGGUGGAGUGGGCCCGGGUAGUGAUCCGUCCUGGGUCGGGAUGUGACAAAUUAUGCAUGGCCGGACUAAAUUCUUACAUAUUCUCCAUCUCCAGGAGUAGGAUUUUACCAAAGGGAAGCUUAAGUGGCGGAAUUAACCAAGAGGGUAUUGAUCACUACAAUUGCUUGAUCGAUGAACUAAUAAAAAAUGGCAUCACACCUUUCGUGACGAUUUAUCGCUUUGACAUGCCGCUAGCCCUGGAAGAGAAGUAUGGAGGCUUACUAAAUCGCUCAUUCGUAAGAGAUUUUGAAGACUAUAGCGAUCUUUUAUUCAAAAAAUUUGGAGACAGAGUUAAACAUUGGUUCACAAUUAAUGAGCCAAACGUUCUUGCUCAAUAUGGUUAUGAACUUGGGAUUUCCCCACCAGGGAGGUGUUCACUUCCAUCAACCCCUUGUGCAUUAGGGCCUCCUUUGAAAUGUUGGGAAACCGUCAGUCCAUGCAAGUUUGGUGGUAACUCGUCAACAGAACCUUACCUUGCAGCCCAUAACAUAAUCAUUGCCCAUGCCACUAUGGCUAAGCUCUACAGAGAAAAAUAUCAAGAACAACAAAAGGGUGAAGUUGGAAUCGUCCUUGUUUCACAAUAUUUUUUGCCAUAUACACAAUCAGAAGAAGAUAAAACCGCAGCAGGAAGACUUUUUGACUUCUACCUUGGAUGGUUUAUGGGACCAUUAGUAUUCGGAGAUUAUCCACAAAGUAUGAGAGAGAGGGUGAAGGAGAGGCUUCCCACUUUUCUUGCAGAAGAGAAAGUUCUGCUCAAUGGGAGUUUAGGGUUCGUUGGAAUCAAUUAUUAUACAUCUACGUAUGCCAAACAUAAGGCUCCUCCUCCAGGUGAGGCGUUGCGUUAUUCCUUCGAUAUAUGGGCCGAAAACAAUAGGAAUGGAGUGAAUGUCAAAGGGUACUUUUAUUGGGCUCUGUUCGACGAUUUUGAAUGGGAGUCUCCACAGUGGCUGGAUUAUACAGAAAUAUUAGAGCAAAACUCGGAAAGAAUGCUUGACAUGUUUCGGAAGAGAUAUGCUCACUCACUCAACUCACUACAAAUAGGGAAAAUGAACGCUUCUAAGGGCCUCCACCUGUGGAUGAAAGUCACUGCAGUUCUUGUGUUCGUCGGCAUGUUGGGUUAUGCUGUGUCAGAGAUAUUCCCAGUUAAUAUUGAAGGCUAG